AACAGAAAAUAGAAGACGAAAAACCCUAGAGAGAUAGAGGAGAAACAUCAAGUUUAGAGAGAGAAAGCGUUAAAAGCAGAAACUUGACUAACAAAGGUGAUGAAGAGUACUGCUCUUUCAUUUCUGACGCCGGCUUCUUCUUCCUCUUCUUCCCACUUUCUCUCUCUACACCAUUUUUCUCUCUCUACCUCUGCUCCUCUCUCCUCUUCCGGUUUUCUAAGGAGAACAAGUAAGAGGGUUUUGAUUGCUAAUAGAAUACAAGCUUUAUCAACAAUGGCAGCUGAAGAUGGUGCUGGGAAUGUGAAACGGCAGUUAGCCAAAGUGUUUGAGAGAUCGCUUCGGGCCACUGUCCCGAGUGAGGCCGAUAUCGAGCCGAUUAUUACUGUUGGUACUGGAAAUUUUGGUGAUUAUCAAUGUAAUAAUGCAAUGGGUGUGUUUUCCAAGAUUAAGGGGAAGAAUACUGAAUUUAAGAACCCCAGAUCGGUUGGCGAGGCUAUCAUAAAAAACUUACCUGAAUCCGAGUUGAUAGAGAGUUGCUCUGUUGCGGGACCUGGGUUUGUGAACAUUGUUUUGUCGAAGUCAUGGUUAGCAAAGAGCAUCCAAAACAUGCUUGCAGAAGGUAUUGAGACAUGGGCUCCAAAGUUGCCAAUUAAAAGAGCUGUAGUAGACUUCUCUUCACCCAAUAUCGCAAAGGAGAUGCAUGUUGGGCACUUGAGGUCAACCAUCAUCGGAGAUACACUGGCCCGUAUGCUAGAGUUUUCUGGUGUAGAAGUUCUUCGGAGAAACCAUGUUGGUGAUUGGGGUACACAGUUUGGUAUGCUGAUUGAGUUCUUGUUUGAACAAUUUCCACAAUGGAAAAAUGAAAAUGAACUUCCAAUCAAAGAUCUUGAGGGCUUCUACAAGCAAUCAAAGAAGAGAUUUGAUGAUGACCCCGAGUUCAAGGAAAGGGCACAAAAGGCUGUGGUGAGCCUUCAGGGUGGGGAUUCCAAGUAUCGUGAAGCAUGGGCAAAAAUUUGUGAAAUUAGUCGCAGGGAAUUUCAGAAGGUCUAUGUACGCCUCGGAGUACAGUUAGAAGAAAAGGGAGAAAGCUUCUAUAAUCCAUAUAUACCAAAAGUUUUGGAGAUUUUGAGGAGUAAAGGUUUAGUUGAACCAAGUGAGGGUGCUGAGGUUAUAUUUAUUGAAGGCAAACAGAUACCUCUCAUAGUUGUGAAGAGAGAUGGAGGUUUCAAUUAUGCCUCCACUGACUUAACAGCUCUCUGGUACCGCCUUAAUGAAGAAAAAGCCGAAUGGAUAAUAUAUGUAACCGAUGUUGGUCAGCGUGAGCACUUUGAAAUGUUCUUCCAUGCUGCAAAGCUUGCUGGCUGGCUUCCAAGCGGUGACAAUAAGUACCCCAAAGUUAAUCAUGUUGGCUUUGGUCUUGUCCUAGGAGAUAAUGGAAAGCGUUUCCGAACUCGAAGCACCGAAGUAGUCCGUUUGGUUGAUUUACUAGAUGAGGCCAAAGAUCGGAGUAAAGAAGCUCUUAUUGAGCGAGGUAAAGAUAAGGAGUGGUCUGAGGAGCAAUUGUUGCAAACUGCAGAAGCUGUUGGUUAUGGGGCGGUUAAGUAUGCUGACCUGAAGAACAACAGACUCACUAACUAUACCUUUAACUUUGAUCAGAUGCUUAGUGAUAAGGGAAAUACAGCUGUCUAUUUACUCUAUGCCCAUGCUCGAAUUUGUUCAAUUAUUCGGAAGUCUGGUAAAGACAUCGAGGAGCUGAAGAAGAAUGAGGAAGUUGUUUUGGAUCACUCUGAUGAGCGUGCUUUGGGUCUUCAUUUGCUUCAUUUUUCUGAGAUUGUUGAAGAAGCCUGUACCAAUCUCUUGCCAAACGUGAUAUGUGAGUACUUGUAUAACUUGUCAGAGUUCUUCACAAAGUUCUACUCCAAUUGUCAGGUGGUUGGCUCACCGGAAGAAACAAGCAGGCUCUUGUUGUGUGAAGCGACUGCUGUGGUCAUGAGAAAAUGCUUUAAGCUUCUUGGAAUCACUCCCGUCUACCAGAUAUGACAAAUUAUUGUAGUUCUUGAUGUAUUUUUAGAGGGCAUCAACAUUUUUGGAGUUUGUUCUUGACUUGAUUGUCACGUUGUUAUAGUGUACACUGAGAAAUACUCAUUCAAGAGUUCAAAAGGAAAUGAUCCUUCUCUUGCAGUGCUUUGAAUUUGUUCAUGGCAGAUUCCUAUAUUUUGCAAAAUUGGCUAUAUUUGCACAAAUUUCUUAAUUAUAUAAUAAAAGGCUUCCCUCUCA